AGCUCUUGCCUCCCGGUGCUCAUGAAUAUGACCUCUGAUACCCACAAGGCUCUCGUCCUCGACAAGCCUGGCGGGGACCUUGUCCUCAUGACCAGGCCCAUCCCCAAGCCUCUGAAGGACGAGGUCCUGGUCAAGGUUGAAGCUGCCGGCCUCAACCCAGUCGACUGGAAAAUUCAGAGACACGGCUUCUUCGUCGACGGUUAUCCAGCCCUCAUGGGAGGCGACAUUGCGGGCGAAGUGGUUGAACUAGGAGAGAACGUCACCAAGUUCUCCAAAGGAGAUAAAGUUGUGUUCCAUGGGACGUGGAGAAAUGGGGAUGAAAGUGCUGGUUUCCAGCAAUAUAGUCGUGCGGAUGUGCACACCACUGGGAAGCUUCCUCCCAGUAUCGCCACCAUCGAAGCAGCAACCAUUCCGAUUGCUUUCUUGUGUGCGUAUGUUGGGCUGUACAAUAUCCCUCCACAUGGCCUUGGAUUCGAACCCCCCUUGACUCUUGGUGCUCGAGGGAAGUACAAAGAUACGCCAAUCUUCAUCAUGGGAGGCUCCAGUUCUGUCGGUCAAUACGCCAUCCAGCUUGCCAAAGCUUCAGGAUUCAGCCCAAUAAUCACGACUGCUUCGCUCAAGCAUAGCGGUUAUUUGAAGUCCCUCGGGCCAACCGACGUCCUCGACCGUUCCCUACCCCUGGAGGAUUUGCAGACCAGGAUCAAAGGCAUCUCUGCGUCCCCUCUCAAAGUCGUCUAUGACGCUGUUUCAAGCGAGGAGACCCAGAAUACAGGGGCAGCACUCCUUGGACCCAGUGGUGGACUCGUGGUCACCCUUAAACCAGAGGUAGAGGUCAAGGGAGAUCAGAAGCUGGUUCACGCUUUGGCUCUGAAGACGUUACCUCAGAAUGUCCAAAUUAUACGCGAUCUUUACGCCAACUUGGAGAAUUUGUUGCGCGAAGGAAUUGUGAAGCCUAAUCGGGUCGAACUCCUUCCAAACGGUUUGAACGGGAUUGUUGGUGGAUUGAAGAGAAUGGAAGAGGACAAGGUGUCUGGAGUAAAGCUUGUUGCCCUUCCCAAAGAGACUGUCUGAGCUUGGUAGACCUAGAACCACACUGUACUCGACGAACUUGAACACGACAUACAACUCUC